UAACUUAUUGCACUAGUUCCGCAGUGCAGCUAAAAAGAACAGACCAAUGAUUUUCGGUCACGGAAUGUUUUGAAUGUUGAUUGGAUGUGUUAAUUAGAUCUUGAUUGGACGCUGCUGGCUCUAUGAGAAAAACCCGUUAAAUCAGGUUAGGUUGGAACACGUCGUGUGUUGUGUAUAUCCGGAGGCGUAUAUCUUCUCUCGUCGGGUUGCCUCGCGAAAUCAUGCUCGAUCUCUUCACGAUAUUCAGCAAGGGCGGUAUAGUGCUCUGGUGUUUUCAGAGCACGUCUCAGAUCUUCGCGCCCAGUGUCAAUGCACUGAUAAGAAGUGUCAUAUUGCAAGAACGUACAGGUAACCACAGUUUCGAGCAUGACUCCCUGCGUCUGCAAUAUAAACUUGACAAUGAGUUUGAGCUGGUGUUUGUGGUAGCAUAUCAGAAAAUACUACAGCUGUCAUAUGUAGACAAGUUUCUGAAUGAUGUUCAUCUGGAGUUCCGUGAUCGUUUCAAAAACGAGCUAGAGAAUGCGAGUUGGUUCUCUAAUUUUGAGUUUGAACAUGCUUACCGACUGGUGCUCGAGCGGGCCGAGCAGUGGUCCCGCACGCAGGCCAAGUUACCUAAGCAAAUGCGCACUUUUGAUGAGAGUCAGAAAUCUAAGAAGACGGUCGCUAGCAUGAUUGAGAGGAAGGACGACAAAGACGAGAAGAAAGCUGGUAAAAAGAAGAAGGGGAUUAAUUAUAACGAGAAUAAUCAUGCAAAAAUUCAAGAAAAUUCAAAGCAAGAACCUAUGAAACAACAAGCGGUUCACAAUGGGGAACUUGACGAAGAAACAUUGAUCGCUAAUCGCAUGAAACUUGUUCAGAAGAUGACAGGGCAAAAGAAAAAAGCUGACAAGCAGAAGAGUCCGAAACCUGAGAAAGCUGGUAAGAAACCACGUAUUUGGGAACUCGGCGGGACUGUCAAAGAUCUUGCAGCCUUGGAGCGAACCAAAGACAAGCCUGAAGAAAGCGGCGAUUACGUACCGGCCGAUACAACUCUAGUCGGGCAGAUGAAAGGCAGCAUACGUGACCUUGAGGUGAACAGCGAAUCCGAGGAAGACGAUGACGACGAUUCCGAUCAGGAGACGACGGAACGUUCCAAGAUGCAGCAGACGCAGAAGAAGACAACAAGCAGCAGUAUGUUUUCCAUGUUCAAAAGCCUAGUCGGCAGCAAGUCGUUGAAACACGACGACAUGGCACCAGUGUUGGACAAAUUGAAGGACCACCUGAUCACCAAAAACGUCGCCGCCGAUAUCGCGCAGAAACUAUGUGAUUCCGUGGGCACGAAGCUCGAGGGCAAGGUGUUGGGCACUUUCGACAAUGUGGCGAACACCGUGAAGGCUACUCUCACCGACGCCUUGGUGCAGAUAUUGUCUCCCAAACGGCGGAUCGAUAUUCUGCGUGACGCGUUGGAAGCGAAGAAGACCGGCAGGCCAUAUGUAAUGACGUUUUGCGGCGUGAACGGCGUCGGCAAAUCCACGAACCUAGCUAAAAUCUGCUUCUGGCUCAUUGAGAACAACUUCCGCGUUCUGAUCGCUGCUUGCGAUACAUUCCGAGCCGGUGCAGUCGAACAGCUGCGGACGCAUAUGCGACAUUUGAACGCGCUGCACCCGCAGGAGAAGCACGGUAAUGUACCAAUGGUGCAACUAUACGAGAAAGGCUAUGGCAAGGAUGCUGCUGGCAUUGCCAUGGAGGCGAUUCGCUUCGCCAAAGACUGCUUGUUUGAUAUCGUGUUAGUCGACACCGCCGGCAGAAUGCAGGACAAUGAGCCGCUCAUGCGUGCUUUAGCGAAGCUGAUUAAGGUGAAUGAGCCGGAUCUAGUGCUGUUCGUCGGCGAAGCCUUAGUGGGCAACGAGGCUGUCGAUCAGCUGGUGAAGUUCAAUCAAGCACUGGCUGACUAUAGCCAGUCUGUCAAUCCUCAUAUUAUCGAUGGUAUCGUGCUGACCAAAUUUGACACAAUCGAUGAUAAGGUCGGUGCGGCAAUUACGAUGACUUACAUCACUGGACAACCCAUUGUCUUCGUCGGAACUGGCCAAACGUACACGGAUUUGAAGUCACUGAACGCCAAAGCUGUGGUGCACGCUCUGAUGAAAUGAAUGUUACACGAGAUAAUAAAAAAAAUAUCAAAAGAUAUCCUACUAUAAUGAAUGUGUAUUUUUUUCGAGCGUUGUCACACAUAUUGAUAUUCUUACGGAACUCCGCGGAAAAUCGCACCGAUAUUACAAAAUCAGACAGAAUAAUGGGAAAAGAAGAAAAAUGAG